AUGAGUGUGGAGACUCAAGCAGCAGCCGAUGCUGGCGCCGGCAGCCGAGAUGCGCGAUGGAAGUACCUCGACCACAUCCGCCGAAAUGCCGGUCCUUUCACGGAUCCGGGGGCUACGGAGGAUGAAUUCCUCGCCCAGUUCGAAAAGUUCAAGAUCCUCGGCGCCGGCGGACUAGGGUGCGAGAUUCUCAAGAAUCUCGCCAUGUCGCACUUCAAGGAGAUUCACGUCAUAGACAUGGAUACCAUCGACAUUUCCAACCUGAACCGCCAGUUCCUAUUCCGCAAGGCUGACGUGGGCAAAUUCAAGGCCGAGGUCGCCGCCGAGUUCGUCCAGAAGCGUGUUGAAGGAGUCAAGAUCACUGCCCACAACAACCGCAUCCAGGACUUUGACGAGGAGUUCUACAAGCAGUUCCAGCUCGUUGUCUGCGGCUUAGACAGCAUCGAGGCACGCCGGUGGAUCAACGCCAUGCUUGUAUCCAUUGCCGAAGAGGCCGAGGACCCCGAUGCGAUCAAGCCUCUCAUCGACGGAGGCACCGAGGCUUUCAAGGGUCAGGCUCGGGUCAUCUUCCCUUCCAUCACUUCCUGCAUUGAGUGCCAGCUUGACAUGCACGCCCCACGCGCUGCAGUCCCACUCUGCACCAUUGCCUCGAUCCCUCGACAGCCCGAGCACUGCGUCGAAUGGGCACACGUCAUUGCGUGGGAACAGGAGAAGCCGUUCCCUCAGCUUGAUAAGGAUGACCCGGAGCACGUCAGCUGGCUCUACCAGAAGGCCCUGACCCGCGCCCAAGAGUUUAGCAUUCCCGGUGUCACCUACUCACUGACCCAAGGUACCAUCAAGAACAUUAUCCCUGCCAUCGCCUCUACAAACGCCAUUAUUGCCGCAGCAUGCUGUAAUGAGGCCUUCAAGAUUGCCACCACCUCGGCGCCCUGCCUGGGCUUCGAAAACAACUACAUGAUGUACUCUGGCAACGACAGCAUCUACACCUACACUUUCAAGCAUGAGAAGAAGGAUGACUGCCCCGUAUGUGGUCGCCAGGCCCGCCCCCUCGAGGUUGAUCCCAAGGCUACGCUCCAGGAACUUCUUGACUCACUCGCCUUGCGACCCGAAGCCCAGCUGAAGAAGCCCUCUAUCCGAGCCGAGGGCAAGACGCUGUACAUGCAGUUUCCCCCAAGUCUAGAGAAGCAAACACGCCACAAUCUGGACAAGACACUCAACGAUCUGGGGUUGGAGAACGGCCAGCAGGUCGUCGUCACGGAUCCUGCAUUCCCUCUCGAGUUCAAUUUCUUCCUCAAGUUUAAGGCAGACUCCUGA